UGCUCUAUUCAUUUACCUCUCAAUCGAAAUCGAAAAUGAGCGCGUCUCUUGGCAACAAGUCCAAGUUUUACAGUUUCUCGGCGGCUGUGUGGUGAGUUCCGGAAACCUCAGAGCCCGCAGACUUCCCUCUGUGGGGCGCCCGGCCCGACUUCAUCUUCUGCGGGCAGCCACGCCCCACUAGGGGAAGUUGAGACUGGAAAGCCUUUCCUUUCCUAACUGGCACACCUUGCUGUGCCUCACCUGUCUCUUCCAGUCCCCUGACUGGCCAGCUGCAUCUGAAACCAGAGUGACCGGAGGAGGACAAGGUUGGAAAGAAUCACAUGAUUACAGGGAAGAGGCAAGGAGGAGAACCUGCUUUCACCUGAGUCUGACCCUUCUAACCCUGACUCAUUUCCUGCUGCUCUGUUUUGCUCCACUGCCCACAGGAGAGAGAAGUGGUUUUCCUAAUUCCUGGAGGAGAAAGAAAAGAGAUUGUGUUCCUAGCACCUACUCACCAGAGGGCCAAACUUGUUCAACUGGCUGCUCCCUGAACAAAAAUAAUUACUUACAUCUGAUAACGUUCCCAAAAGGAAGUAAGAGGAAAUGAAAACAAGAAUGCCUGGGCCCUGAGACAUUUUCAAACAGGCUCUGAGCACCCAGCUGAGCUCAGACAUAAAUUCAGGGCCUUCUCCUUGGCUCCAUCUGCUGGGUGCUGUUUCUCCUGAUGUCACCAGGACUUCUUCUGCCCCAUGGUCUCCGGAGGUGGAAGUCUUCUGAAUUGCUUUUCUCUCUGCUGUUUUGGUUCAUCACCUAAACAAGAACAACAGUGAAGACUCUGGAAAUAUUGCACCGCGGUAGCUGCGCUCCGUGCAUCUUCUGUCGGCCUAGCAGAGGAGGCUGGCCCUGUGGCCAUGGGAGAGAAGGGUCACCUGAGCCGGGUGCUGUUGGAGUGCAGUCUCAGUGACAAGCAGUGUGUUGUCCGAGAGGGGCAGUAUGAAGUAAUCAUUUUCCCAGCUCUCCUGGUUGGUGGCUUCCUCAUCCUUCUUGCAAUCAUCCUGUGGCUUUUUAUUAGAGGACAGAGAUCCCAAAGGCAGAGCUCUGGACCCCGAGGCACCACCUCUGUACCUGAAUCUAGGGGCCGAAGCCAGGAGGCGGCAGGACACAGAGAAAAAGUGCUCGUGCCUCUUAAGGAGACCUCAGUGGAGGGCUUUCUACGAGCAGUCACACCCACCCUGGCUAAGCUGCAGGCGCCCAGGGAACAACUCUUGGAGGUUCUGGAGCAGAUCCACAAUGGUAGAUGUGGGACCCUCUAUCAUGCAACAAUGACCACCAGUGAUCACACUAAGCCAAAAAGUGUUGUCCUCAAGGCUUUAGAAGACCCAGUUGGACUCCAGGAGGUCCAGGAUUUUAUAGGGCGAAUCCAAUUCUAUCAGUACCUGGGGAAACAUAAGAACCUGGUAGAGCUGGAAGGCUGCUGUACAGAUAGGCUGCCCCUCUACAUGAUGCUAGAGGAUGUGGUCCCAGGGAACCUGCUCAGCUUUCUUUGGACCUGUCGCAGGGAUGUGAUGACCGUGGAUGGCCUGCUCUAUGAUCUCACAGAAAAACAAAUUUAUCACAUUGGAAAGCAGGUCCUUCUGGCCCUGGAAUUCCUGCAAGAGAAGCAUCUGUUUCAUGGGGAUGUGGCUGCCAGGAACAUCCUGAUCCAAAGUGACCUGACUCCCAAACUUUGUCAUCUGGGCCUUGCUUAUGAAGUUCAUGCCCAGGGGGCCAUCUCCUCUGCUCGCUCCAGCACCAUCCCUCUCAAGUGGCUCGCUCCUGAACGGCUUCUCCUCAGGCCUGCAAGCAUCAGGGGAGAUGUUUGGUCCUUUGGGAUCCUGCUUUAUGAGAUGGUGACUCUAGGGGCACCACCAUACCCUGAAGUCCCUCCCACCAGCAUCCUACAAUAUCUUCAGAGGAAGAAAAUCAUAACGAGACCCAGCAGCUGCACACAUGCCAUGUACAACAUCAUGAAGUGUUGUUGGCGCUGGAGUGAGGACAGCCGUCCCUUACCUGGGGAGCUGCGCCUGCGCCUAGAAGCUGCCUCUAGAACUGCUAAUGACAAGGCUGUGUUGCAAGUACCAGAGCUGGUGGUCCCUGAACUGUAUGCAGAUGUGGCUGGUAUCAGUACAGACAGCCUUUCUUAUAGCUACAGUGUCCUUUGAAGAUGGUCCCAGACAAGUGACUAUAUGUGCGUGGGAUGAGUUCCUUCAAGAACAGAGGGAACGAACUUUCUAUGGGCCCCAAAGGGAACAAAGGACAUGGAUCCUAUAUCUUUCCCUAAACAUUUUCCUAGAAAUAUGAAAUGCUGCUAGAUGAAGCUCUACCUCUACACACCAUGUCCUCUUGAGCUAAGAAUCAUCACUAAUCACAGUUUGCUUUCCAGUGUCAAGGGCUGAAGUAUAAGUGGUGGAUAGUGUCAUUCCAAAGGAGGCUUUUAAAAUCGGCAGUGAUUGCUAGGGAAUGGGGCAAUGGGGCUGGAUGG